GUCGCCGCUGUCCGCGUCCGUCCGUCCGCCCGCGCGUCCGCCGGUCCUCCUGCAGCCUGCCUGCUGGGCAGGGCCGGCUCGGCCCGGUCAUGGAGUCUUACGACAUCAUCGCCAACCAGCCGGUGGUCAUCGACAACGGUUCAGGAGUGAUCAAGGCCGGCUUUGCAGGAGACCAGAUUCCUAAAUACUGUUUCCCAAACUAUGUUGGACGGCCUAAGCACAUGAGAGUGAUGGCUGGAGCCCUUGAAGGGGACCUCUUCAUCGGACCGAAAGCAGAGGAGCACCGAGGUCUGCUGGCCAUCCGCUACCCCAUGGAACACGGUGUGGUGCGGGACUGGAAUGACAUGGAGCGUAUCUGGCAGUAUGUCUACUCCAAGGACCAGCUGCAGACUUUCUCCGAGGAGCAUCCUGUUCUUCUAACAGAAGCCCCACUGAACCCCAGUAAGAACCGAGAGAAGGCAGCAGAGGUGUUCUUUGAGACCUUCAACGUGCCGGCCCUGUUUAUUUCCAUGCAGGCCGUGCUCAGCCUGUAUGCAACAGGACGCACAACAGGAGUGGUUUUAGACUCAGGGGAUGGGGUCACUCAUGCUGUCCCUAUCUAUGAGGGCUUCGCCAUGCCACACUCCAUCAUGCGGGUGGACAUUGCUGGCCGUGACGUCUCCCGCUAUCUGCGGUUGCUGCUGCGCAAGGAAGGGGCUGACUUUCAUACCUCAGCCGAGUUUGAAGUUGUCCGGACCAUCAAAGAGCGAGCCUGCUAUCUGUCCAUCAACCCACAAAAGGAUGAGGCUCUAGAAACAGAGAAGGUGCAGUACACUUUGCCUGAUGGCAGUACACUUGAUGUGGGGCCUGCACGCUUCCGGGCCCCUGAGCUGCUCUUCCAGCCGGACCUGGUGGGGGAUGAAAGCGAGGGGCUCCACGAGGUGCUGGCCUUCGCCAUCCACAAGUCUGACAUGGACCUUCGCCGGACGCUGUUUUCCAACAUUGUGCUGUCAGGGGGCUCAACACUUUUCAAAGGCUUCGGAGACCGGUUAUUGAGUGAAGUGAAGAAGCUUGCCCCAAAAGAUGUUAAAAUCAAGAUCUCGGCCCCUCAGGAACGGCUAUACUCCACGUGGAUUGGUGGUUCCAUCCUGGCCUCAUUGGACACUUUUAAGAAGAUGUGGGUAUCGAAAAAGGAAUAUGAAGAAGAUGGCUCACGUGCUAUUCAUCGUAAAACCUUCUAGUGACCAAGGAAAGUGGACGUUUUGGGAGAGAGGGAAGAAAGGGGAGCCAGAGCCCUUGACCCCUUUUGGUCUGGGCUCACAUUCUAGGCCUAGGGUCCCCUGCAUGCCCUGAUUGCAGACAGGUGGUGCAGCAUUGCUCAUCUGUCUUCCUCCCUCCCCUCCUGCACAGCACACAGAUUUACAGUACUAUUUAGCUGCAUGGUUGGCAAUUUCAAGCUGGAGCAUUGAUUGAGCCCUGUAUUGGGUUGGUCUGGGUGUCCCUCACAGCAAGGCCACUUUGGCCUGUGGUUUCUUGCUCUAGGUCUUACAGCUCCAAGACAAGACAUACAGGUGCCCCAUUUGCUCUGACAGGCUCCCACCAGGCCAGAGUACCUGGAUCCAUGUGGGUCAGGCUAAAGGAGAGGCAGCUAGCAUUCCUGCAACAGCAGUGAGGCACAUACAGCACAUCUCAUGCCACCUCUUCCUGACCCUUCUGCACUCUGUUCUCCAGUAUUGCUGGGCAGGUGCCCUGGGGAAGGGCUGGAUCCAGUGCAGUCUUCCAUCCCUGCGAAGGGUGUGGCCCAGGGUCAGUGUCAGCCAUGGGCAGCCACAGCUCAUGGUUUGUCACACUCUCCCCUUCAGAGCACUUAAUUGACUUGCUGUUCCCUCUCUUUUAUCCCAGUGCCCUGGAUAGGAAAGGGUUAAUGGUCUUCAUUUGUUAUUUGGGAGACCACUUAAUCAGGAGUCUGACCCAGAGUGGAGAGGCAUGUCCUUCUCAUCUCCCUAAAGAAAGAUCUUCAUUGUGGCCAGGGCCCCACCUCCCUCUCUCAGAUCCAUACAAUAACUUAACACAGUUGCCUGAAAAAACUUCUUUUUGUAAUUCAUUAUAGUAAUAAUUAUGGACAAGGCCCAGUGUGUGGCUCUGUUUCUUGUGGCUCUGUGUGCUCUUGUUUGCUCACCUGUCCCUGGGGACUUGGAGAGGCAGGCCCAGAGGGAACUCCACAUGGUAGUAGCUCUAGCUCAGGAGCUUGACACUCAGUGGUUGACAAGGCAACAUGGAACAGGAGGAGCAGAUUCCCUGGGGGAGUCAAAGAGCAAGGGGCUGCCCUCCCUGGCCUGCUUGUGUGCUUCACACGCUCUCACCUGUUCUGCUUGAGCAGUGAUACAGGCUGAUCUGCUUAGGUCUGGGUGGGAAGGAAGGGCAAGACAGGGUUGGCUUGGGAGUGAGCCACACUCCCCAGGAAAAGGCAGAGGAGCAAUCCAGAAGGGUGUAGGAGGCAACAGAUCUGCUGAAUAGGGAGAGGGUAAAGUACGUGAGCAUCUUUGUGUUUGGGGCUGAUGGUAAAGAAGAUAGAGCUUUUGCCCCAACAAGCAUUCAGGUCAGAAGUCAUUUUGGUACAGAUGAUGGGGGCCAAUAGCACCAGUACCUGAGCCAACAGGUGAGGCAGGCUGACUUGUAGGAGCAGAGAAGUCAGCUAGCAGUGAAGAAGGUUCCAAGCAGAGCUCAUAGUUGAGAUCCCUGGGAUGGCAGAGCUGAAAAGGGAAGACUCAGAAGGAAAGUAGAAUUGGUUUGUGGCUAAGUAUAGCAUAAACCAAAGAGGUCAGCUGAACCAACGCAUGCGGGGAGAGGGUCUAGAGAAGGCUGUUAGCUGUGUCCUAGGGGACAGUUGGCUGGCCAUGGAAGAAUGGUGACUAGAGCCAGGUUGAAGCUGUUGGCCAAAGAGUACUGAGCAGCUGUAUCUGCAGAGUGUUCUGUGGGGCCUUGAGUCUAGCACAGUCAGAUUUUACACAGGAACCUUUGUUGAGGGAGCUGCAGACCAGCUCUUCCUGCAGGGUCCUGCUCAUGGUACCACUGGCUUCCAGCCACUUAAGUUUGGAGCCUUAUCACUGAACUCCCCUCUUAAGUUCUCCCAUUAUGUCAGUCACUGAGUCUGGUCUCCUGCAGAACCUCUCCCAACCACCCUUUUCCAUAGAGCCACCACCAGCCUAGCUCAUGACCACUGUUGCAUUCUGUCCACUCAGUGUGUUUGCCCUCAGACCUAAUGAGAAGAGGUGGGUAGUUACCCACCUUGUACUUCCAGUGUCAAGAUCAAAUCUGUAAUGGAUUAUAAGCCAUACAAUAAAAUGUUUAUGAAUCCUUA